AUGGCGCGUUCUCUUACCUCUCCUUCUUUGACUGUGGCUGAUGGCCUCCUGCUGCAGAUGUGUUCAAACUCUGCGUCAUCAAUAGCAGCGCUAGACAUCCCAGGGAAAUGGGAGACAUCCUAUGAUGGCAAAUCGAAAACUGAAACGAUGCCUGGGACCCACAUUUGCGAUACUGUCUUCGAAUCCAUUCGUAGUGAAGAGACAUUCUGGACGUCGGCGGCAAAGCUAUGGCUCUGCUUGUCUCAAACAAUUAUUCCUGCUUGGUCUCAAGUCAAGUGUCCUCAAGUCCAAUGUCCUGAAGUCCAAGAAUCUAUUGCUCCCACCAUUGAGCAAAACACUACUACAAUAAGGCUAAACGCUCAUGGUCGUCCCAUUCUGGCGACGCGUCCGCCGUCAUCUCCUGCCAGUCCUCCACUCCCAACACCACCACUCAUGGAGCAUUCACCAUGCGAGCGUUUUAAGCCUCGUCAAUUGCCUCAGGGGCCAGAUUUGGACCUCGGUGGGCUAAUUAUUCCUUUUGUCCGGCGUAGCUCCGCUUUGCGGAUAGCGGUUCUUGUGAAUUCAGCGAGGGUUGCAGAGCGGAAGGCUAACGAAGUCGCGGAGCGAGCAGAGAGGGAGGCUAACCGAGCAGAGAGGACGCGGCUGAUUGGGUUGAAGAUGAACCUUCUUGUUCCACUUAACAGCUCAUUCAAUAACGACACUUCCUCGUGGACGGGGUUCAACGCCCUUGAGAACUUGUUUAUAUUGUACAGGCUCGCUUCUGCUACUUCUCAAGCCCAGCUGACAAAAUCUGUCAGCGGCGACUCGUAUUCUUCUGUUGGCCAGUUUGCGUCUGACACAUCGCCUCCUGCACCUGUCGACCGCCAAGCCCCAUUCGAGGGCUCCACUUUUGCGGACAAAGAUGGGACUAACUGGGUGGGCUACAUUCUGACUCAACAUGACCCACAUUCCAAAAUGGUAGUGCAUGAUUAUGCUGUGGGCGGAGCAAGAGUCCCUGCAUCUGGCCAGACGGGGUCGGUCGAAAGACAGAUCAGCGAGUACUUCCUCACAGGAUACGCCAUGAAACCAGAGGAUAGCGGCGAACUACUUUGGAAGAGUGAAAAUUCUUUGUUCGUAACAUGGGUCGGAAUCAAUGACUGCGCAUCCGCCUCAACGCAUGACGAGACGGUGAAUCUUCUCUUCACGCUACAGCACAAGCUCUACGAUGCCGGCGCGCGUCAAUUUCUCUUCAUCGAUGUACCGCCAAUAAGCCGCUCACCUGCAGGCAUCCAUGUCACGAAGAACAAGCCUGAUCCGACCCAGGGACCUUCGACUUCAAAUGCCAACUGGAAUGCUUCUCUUCGUGCACACAUGGCGAAGUUCGCAGCGGCACAUCCAGACGCGCGGAUUCUCACCUUUUCUGCUUUUCAAAUGUUCAACGACAUGCUUGAUCAUCCGAAACGCUAUGGUUUACCGCAGAAAGAUGUUGCUCACACGGGAGGCAAAGUGUGGCGCGACGCGCUUCAUCCGACUAGCCGCGUCCACGAAAUUUUCGCAGCAAAAUUGGUCGCGUUCUUGAAAGAAGUAGUAUGA